AUGCAUUCUCCCUCCUCUCAUCAUUGGCAGUGCCUCAAACGUCUACUCCGCUAUGUUCGUGGUACUAUCUACUAUGGCCUGGCUAUCCGGCGGUCCUCUCUACCUAUGCAUGUCACCGCCUUUGCUGACUCUGACUGGGCCGGGAAUGCUGAUGAUCGCACAUCCACCUCCGCCUAUCUUGUAUACCUGGGCUCCACUCUCAUCUUCUGGCGUUCUCAGAAACAACGGACGGUGGCCCGCUCUAGCAUAGAAGCUGAAUAUCGUGCCAUUGCCCAUGCGACGGCUGAGCUGGAAUGGGUUCGCAAUCUCUUACAAGAACUUCAUCAACCCCUCCCAGGGCCACCAACUGUCCUCUCUGAUAAUCUCGGUGCCACUUACUUCAGUGCCAAUCCGGUUUUCCACUCUCGCAUGAAGCAUUUGGCUCUUGACUAUCAUUUUGUUAGACAACUUGUGCAGUCUGGUCGUCUCAGUGUCCGAUAUAUACCGACUGCACAGCAACUGGCCGACACAUUGACCAAACCUCUGCCGGCCACUCGGUUCCUACUUCUUCGAUCCAAGAUUGGCGUCGUUGACGCCUCCUCCAUCUUGCGGGGGCGUAUUAGAGAAGAAAAAGAAUAA